CUGACGUGUUUACAAGUUUGUUUUUAGGAUUUGUUAAUAAAAAUGUGUAUAAAAGACAGUCAUGUUUAAAAAUUGAACAUAAGUGUUCUGUCUGUCUUCGACAUGGGUGAUAGAAUAUUAAUAAUAUGCUUGGUAUGCCUUUAUGGCAUCAGGUCUAGUUCGGCGCUACGAGAAUACACCAAAGAAGAUAUUCUGAAAUUGAGAGAAGAGACAAGGGAGAUGUUUCAACAUGCAUAUGACAGUUACUUGAGAUAUGCUUAUCCUUAUGAUGAGCUGCGUCCCUUGUCCUGUGAUGGCGUGGACACAUGGGGCAGCUACUCCCUGACGCUUAUAGAUGCCCUGGACACCCUGGCAAUCAUGGGCAACUACACAGAGUUCAACAGAGUUGUGGAGAUACUGCUUCAAAAACAGAACUUUGACACUGACAUUAAUGUGUCAGUCUUUGAGACCAAUAUUAGGAUUAUCGGCGGACUGCUUAGUGCUCAUUUAUUGUCCUACAAAACAGGAAUGAAACUUGAGCCUGGGUGGCCUUGCAAUGGGCCUCUGCUGCGCCUAGCAGAGGAUGUAGCUCAGAGGCUGAUUGUGGCCUUUGACACCACUACUGGCAUGCCAUAUGGCACUGUGAACCUGAAGAAAGGAGUCCCGCCGGGAGAAACCACUGUCACAUGCACCGCCGGAGUUGGAACUUUCAUUGUGGAGUUUGGGACAUUAAGCAGGCUCACAGGAGAUCCAUUGUAUGAAGAGUUGGCCUACAACGCCCUGAAGGCUUUGUACCACCACCGGUCGCCGAUCGGGCUCGUCGGCAACCACGUGGACGUGAUGAGCGGCCGUUGGACGGCGCAGGACGCGGGCAUCGGCGGCGGCGUGGACUCCUACUUCGAGUACUUGGUCAAAGGAGCCAUCCUCCUGGAGCGCCCGGAGCUGAUGUCCAUGUUCAAGGAGGCGCGGCAGGUGAUCGACCGCUACUUGAAGAAGGACGACUGGUACGUGUGGGCGACGAUGCUGCGCGGGCACGUGACGCUGCCAGUCUUCCAGAGCCUCGAGUCCUACUGGCCCGGCCUGCUCGGUCUGCUCGGCGACAGUGACACGGCGAUGCGCAUAAUCCACAACUACCACAGCGUGUGGCGGCAGUAUGGCUUCACACCCGAAGUGUACAACCUCGGCACCGGCUCGGCGUCGUCCAGCCGCGAGAGCUACCCGCUGCGGCCCGAGCUCAUCGAGUCAAUCAUGUACCUGUACCGGGAGACCCGCGACCCGAUCCUGCUGCAGAUGGGCGAGGACAUCAUCCGCAGCAUCCAGCAUAGCGCGCGCACCCCGUGCGGGUACGCUACGAUAAAAGACGUCCGCGACCACCGCAAAGAGGACCGCAUGGAAUCCUUCUUCCUCGCGGAGACCACCAAGUACCUGUACCUGCUUUUCGACCCGGAUAACUUCAUCCACAACCCGGGCAAGCACGGCACGGUGAUCAGCACGCCGAGCGGCGAGUGCAUCGUCGACGUCGGCGGCUACGUGUUCAACACCGAGGCGCACCCCAUCGACCCCACCAUGCUCUACUGCUGCCAGGAGGCCAGGCAAGGAAUUAACAUCAGUGAGGUUCAUAGGAUAUAUCAAAUGCUGGAAGAUGAAGACAACAUUCAUUUUAUGACCAUGAUUGAUGCUACCACAAACAACGUGACUCCAAGUAACGCAGACAGUGAAAACACUGAAACUGACUCCUCUACCGAAACGAGCAGAGACUCAAAAUAUAAUAAAAUAGAGCAAGGACACGUUUUAAUCAAAACUGAAACGAGAACAGGAUACGUCAAUAUGGACGGCACAGAAAGGGAGAAAGUACAAAACGAAUCUAAUUUACGUGACGUUGUCAAUGAACGUAUAGUAAAUUUCCACAACAAUACCAUCUCUCAGGAGACUGAUGAGCAAACUACUGAAGUUAAUGAUCCACCGAAAAUAGAGCCAGCGGGAGAAGUUGACGUGGAUGAUAUAAUAGUACCCGGGCAACCGCAGGAAGCAGAAAAUUUACAACCUCCUAGCAGCACUAAGGCUAAAGAAGCAUUUAAGAUGUUACCAACCGUGAUUCAAGAUUUUCUUAAUAGCGAUUGGAAAUCUAAACCGAAAUGUGAACCGCAGCACAUUUUGGAGAGAAUCCGCAGAGAGAACAAGUAUCCGGACCAUCCAGACACAGACAAAUAUGAGCUGCUGUUGACUCCGGCUCAGUCCUUCUUGCAAAGGAUAUCUUUAGCUGGAGAAUUUUUAAACAAAAAGCAGUUGGAAUUGUGAUCUAUGUAAGUGCUCUACCCAAAUCCUGCAUCCCAAAGAGGGUAGAGCAUUUAAAAAUACAUAUCCUAUAGGAGAUAAAUCUCCAGAUUUCUGCUACUUUGAUCUCAAAGGUGGUAAAAUAAUAAAUUGAGAAUAUAAUAUGACAAAUUUUAUUGCUUAAGCCUCUACCUAGCUGCAUGUCAUGCUAACUGUAGGGGCUUUUUUAUGGGCUAGCUAAACAAAACCACGUCUAAUGGCCACUUGGUCCAUUCUAACCCGGGAUUAACCAGUUAAGCAUGGAGUUACCAUGGUUACUAAUACAAUUUGAUACUAGAUUAACGGUUUAAUCGCUUAACCCAGGGUUAGUGGGAUGGUGCAAGUGGCGCUAAAUGAGAUGGGGCUGUCCAUAAAUUACGUCAUCGAUUUUGCCCCCCCCCCUCUAUACAAGCUUCAAAUGACCCCAUUUUCUCCUACUUCAUGCUACCGUCAUCCAAUGUCCAGACCCCCCCCCCCCCCAAUUUGAAAUGACGUAAUUUAGGAAUAGCCCCCAUGUCUGAGAGAACGAUCGUAAAAUCGAAACUAUUUCUUUUUUUGUUUUUUAUUUAUUAUGUUAUUAAAAUUUUCCUCCCUUUGCCUAUACAAUAAGCAUGCUAAUAAUGUCCUCUCAUUGAAUGUGUUUCACGACAGUGAAGUUUUAUUUAAAAACAAAUGAUUAUUUAUUACCUCUUGACAACCUCAGCUAGCUAGCUCGUCUUACCUUUGUACGUUGUAUGAAAAAUUUAAUUUUCUUUAUUUAUCAUUCUUCUUAGGCUAGGUCAUUUAUAAUAUGAAUAUAAAAAUAAAAUAUAAAAACACUUACAAAACAAUAAAAAAUACAUAUAAACACAUUAUAAAAAACCCUAACCUAGGGUGCCGCCGGCAGCGGGGCAGGGCCCAAGCUGCCGGUGGUCAGGGCCGCAGAGUGAGGAACCGACGUACUAUACGCGCCGUGUCCAAAAUUACCGCCUUCUGCAUCUGACCCUUGAUCCAGCCACCCAGUGAGAGUCUAUGAAAUAUUUAUUGUUAAUAUUGAGUAGGUAGGUAUUUUUUUAGUUAGUAUUUUAUAGGUACUUAUUCUAAAUUAUUUUAAUUUAUACUAAGUCAUUUUCUGAGUGUUAACUUAAUGUUUAAAAAAAUAUAAUACUUAUUGCAUUGGAGGGGGUCAAUAAUAAAUGUGCCCUUUUAGUAUAUAUGUUCCUUAG